CAUUUAAAUCACGAUAAGCACUGUUGAUAUAUAUUUUACGAAAUCUCAUUAUAUUGUUAUUAUUUGGAUAAUAAUAAACUAUAUGUUGCUGGGACAUUUUGUAAGUCUAAUAUUAAAUCAAAUAUUAAUAAUAGAAUAAUAUAAUAAUUUUCUAUUAUUAAAUAUGAUGUAGGUAUUUAUAACCCAGAAUAUGAUUUAUCAGCUUCUUUAGUAGUCGGUAAUCAAGUCAAAUAAUUGGUGGCACUUCCAGAUGGACGAAAGAUUAUUCUAAUAUAUAUACAGAUGAAAUGAUAAAUAGUGUACAAGAAGUUAUUAAUAAUAAUAUUCUAGAUGUUGAUAUGCUUAAGAAUGAAUUACAAAUAAAAAAUAAUAAAAGUUAUAAAUGUUUAUAUAUUCCAAUAAGUUUCAAAAUAAGAUCAUGAAAAUUUGUAUUUAAAGAGUAGAUUUAAUAUAAUUGCAUUUUAUAAAUAUAAAAGGAUUGUGGCAACAUAUCCAUCGUAUAAACAAGUCAUUGAAAUAAUUAAAAACGAUAA